UACAUAAUUAAAAAAAUACACAUAAAACACACAAAAUAUAAAUUUUAAUAAUAAUCUAAUUAAUUCUGGGAAAUCCAUUUCCGCUUCCGCUAAGCAAAUUAUAGUACUGGGAAAAAUCUUGUUGCUCACUUGGUGAUUUUGGGUCUUCAUCUUAAAGUUGUUAUCCUUGAACUUGACUUCCUUGAGCUUGAUCCCCUUUAGCUUGAUAUGCUUGAUAUUGGGAUCUAUGAUACUGGCUUUGAGAACCUUCUCCGUGUUCUUCAUAUUGGGUUGUUGGUGCUCCUCUACUUAGAAUCAUCGCUCUUUCAUUUUCAAUAUACGCACGAAUUCAUACCAAGGGAUGGCGAUGACUCAUCUUGGAUUGAUGAAGACGAUGUGGCUGGACCAGCACGUUUUUGGAGUAAGAAAGUGUUACAUGAUAUAAUGACAACUUGUAUCAUAAUGCAUAAUAUGAUCAUAGAGGAUGAACGUGAUGUUGAUGCAACAAUUGAAGAACGAACAGAAGUCCCAGCUGCUGAAGUUGAGAUGACGGGUGAAGAUGAUGCUCGAUUUCAAAAAUUCUUAGCUCGACAUAGAAAAAUUAAGAAUCGAGAAGCGCAUAUUGAACUUCGUAAUGAUUUAAUUGAACACUUGUGGUCUGAAUAUACUAAUUCUGAAAAUUAG